GCAAUCACCGUCGUAGCCAUCGGCGCCGAGGGGAAGUACUGCCAAAGGGGGGCGGUCUCGGCCGCCGCGGCGUCCCCCCCGCAAUCGGGCGGCCGAUGGAAGCGGGAGCACCCGCGCCGCGCGGCGAGCCGCACCCCAAGCUCGACGCCUCUCACGAGGGGUAUGGAGGAGGAGGAGGAGGACCAUCGCACGGCUUCGGAAGGGGUUCGACUUCGCUUACUGCGACUCGAGCGCCUGGGCUGCCAGAGCGGCAACCGCAUCAAUUGA